GAUAGACUCCCGGUCAGGGAGCAGCUCGGCGCAGAUCGAGACCUCGUCUCUGCCAACAAGCGCGCAAAGAGUCUCCACUUCUGUCACAUCAACUCUGUGAAGCAUCAAACGGCGGAUCGUGAGGAUGGCAUUAGCCGUCAGGAUGAGUGAAAAGUGAGAGACCUAUGAUGGAUGACCAGGAAAAUUUAAGUGAUCCCUACAUUUGUGAAGAAGGAACCAACGCUGUUAUGGCAGCUGAAGGCGAAGUCAAGAGUCAGGAGGAGGAUCUGCCACCUGACAUCAAUGACUGGAGUAAACAUCAAGUGAGAGACUGGGCUCUCAAGUUGCCUGAUGUGGACAACAGAGUUGCAGAAAUACUGUUUCAGCAGGACAUUAGAGGGCGCAGUCUUUUGCUUUUAAAUACAACAGACUUAAACCAGAUGGGUGUGACUUUUGGACCAGCAAAACUUAUCAUUCAUGCCAGAGAUGAGGAAGUGAAAUUAAAAAAAGAGGAACCAACAAGCUCUUCAAAUCAGCCUGGAGAUCCACGCAAGCCUUAUCCAUUUUGUAGGUACCAUGACACGUAUAGAUACAUGGAGGGCAGCAUUCUUGAUAUUAUAGAAUCAGGUGCCUCUGACUUAAUUGAACCGUGCCACGAGUAUAAAGGUUUCACCAAUACAACCAAUGAGACAAAAAUGGGCAAGUUCACUGCUGAGGUUAUUAGCUUUGCAGCUGCCUGCAUGAAUAGUCGCACCAAUGGCACCAUACAUUUUGGAAUUGGGGACGAGCCAAACUUCGUCCAUGGUGAAGUGUUGGGAGUGGUUGUUGAGGACAGAGAGGCUUAUGCAAAGCAACUCAAAUCUGCCAUUGAUGGUUAUUUUGAGCAUAAACACAAACAGACUGCUCAAAAGUGCAUCAGACCCCCUCGAUUUGUUGCCAUUCUCAAUAAGAACACAACAUCAUCUGGCAAAUGUGUGAUAGAAGUGGACAUAGUUCCCGACUCUACGGUCUGUCAAGAAAACAUCUACCACACUUUCAGUGUGGACACAAGUAAAGCCAAGAAAAAAGCCAAAGGUAAAGAAACUGUCCAAACUGAAACACAACCACUGAAACAAUUCUUUGUCCGGGAUGGUGGCAGCAGCAGGGAUCUCCUCUUGCCAACCACGUUUGCCAAACCUAUGCAAGAGUACAACCAGUUUGUCGACAGUAUGGCACAGUUAUCACAACGUCGAAAACAAGCAGAGGAGAAGCACCUCAACGUAAUCAAAAACAGUACUCAAGGCUCCAGAUUAAGUCAGAUGAUAACUGGUGGUUCCCUCUCUUUAGAUAAGUCACACUUUGAGCGGUACGUGAUCGUAACUAACAGAUCAGAUGCAAUCCAGUUUGACUCACUAGGAUUUCUUGUGGAACUUAACCCAACAGCUGUUUUAGACUUUGAUCCAGAAUCGGCUAAACAUGGAUUAGAGAGUCACUUCGAACAGCAGAGUGCAGUAAGUGUCCAUUUACCGGCACAGUAUAAAAUCACAGAAGCAGUUGAGGACAUUGCAAACAAGUUGAAGUUAACUCGAAACACCAGCUGGAUAUUCUGCAAUGGAGGUAUUGAGACUGAGGCACCUUCAGACGUAGACCAGUGGUUGAUGGAGAAGGGAGCUUCCGUUCGAGAUGUGAUUUCCUUCUUGUGUCGGAAAGAUGUUCUUCCAACCAAGAGAUUCCUUGUCAUUUUCUUACUUUUGUCACCAGUGAGUGAGAAGAUGGACCCUCUUGUUGAGACUUUCAGUACAUUCUUGCAGGAGCUCAAAGGCACCGAGCAAAUCCUUUGUAUAUGCGACAAUAAAAAUGCAUUCAACUCCUGGAAAGACCUAAUCCAUGCUCGGUGCAGAAUCGACAUUGCCCAGAGAUGCAUAUAUGAGCUUACUUUUGCUGAAGUCAAUGGCACUAUUCUUAGUCUUUUGUCAAAAAACCGUAGAUCCAGUCGUUUCCUACCCUGUCAUGGAAGUGGCCAAGUCCUUCUAGAAAAGAAAGUGGAGCGUAGCCUGAACACCUUAGAGAUCCUGUGCGUGAACCAGUGUGAAGGAGGACAUGAGGACAAAAUCAGCAUAGAGGAGAACUUCUACAAAGGAGGAAAAGUGUCGUGGUGGAAUUUCUAUUUCUCAGAGCAGCCUGGAUCCACACCGUUUAUCAAACGAGACAAGUUUGACUUCAUCAUGAACACAGUCAUACCAGAUUUGUGCUUCCUAAGAAAAGCCUGCGUGUUGUUCAACCUCAUGCAUGUACCUGGAUGCGGUGGGUCAACGUUGGCCAUGCAUACUUUGUGGGCUCUCCGGGACAGAUUUCGCUGUGCUGUCCUCAGAGACAGCAAGGCUGACUUCGCUGAAGUAGCUGAUCAAGUGGUCAAACUGCUAAUGUAUCAACAGGACGAGUCAGUACAACGGGCCCCUGUCUUGCUGAUGAUAGAUGACUUUGAUGACAAGGAAAAAGUGUUUGACUUGCAGCAGUUCAUUGAAAAAGAAUGUGAGAAAAGACACAUUCAGUCUAACUCUGCACAGGUCAUUCUCCUGAACUGUAUGAUGUCAGAGUUGCCUGAACAGACUGAGGCUGAAGACACAGUAUUCAUUGGAAACAACCUCUCUGACAAGGAGCAGAAACUGUUCGAGGAAAAACUUGUUGAAAUCGAGAAAACACACAAGAAUGCUCAAAAAACGUUCUAUGGAUUCAUGAUCAUGAAGAAGAACUUUUUGCCGGAGUACGUACAGGGUGUGUCCCGCAAGACCCUGAAGAGCUUCAACAUCAAUCAGAAAGAGGCACAGCUCCUGGCAGUUUUAGUUCUGUUGCAUGUAUACUGCAAGGGGGGCUCUCUGUCCGUCUCUCUGUGUGAGGAAUUUCUUGGUCUUCAACCAAAGCCAUUUUGUGGAACCAUCAAAGUCGAAGACGGGUUUGGGAAAUUUUCCACUUUAAUUGCCAGCUGCUCAGUUGAGGGUAAGGUUGUAUUCAAAGCUGUGAAAAUUAUCCAUUCAAGUAUCGCAAGGCACUGUUUGCAGGAACUUACAACAACACACAAUGUGAGCAAAGCUGAACUUGCCGAUCUUCUGCUGACCACAAACAACCUUUAUGAGAGCACACAAGGCAAGGACAAACUCCUGCAGGAUGUUCACCACAUUUUGGUGAAGAGAUAUCAUUCAGUGGAGGAAGAAUCUCAGUUCUCUCCACUCAUUCAACACAUUGCAACUGAAACCCCAGGCCUGGAAGAGAUGGUACUAAAAAAUGCAUCCAAAAGAUUUGAGAAAGAUGCCGUUGUCUCUCAGUUACUAGCCAGGUACUAUUACCUGAAAAAGAGGGAUUUCUCAGAGGCUAAAUUUUGGGCAAAGAGAGCAAGAGAUUUUUCCAAAGACAGCUCAUAUAUUGCAGACACAUCAGCACAAGUUAUCAAGCACGAGCUUAAAAAUGUCAUUGCGAAUUGCAAGGGAGACCUUGUUGGUCAUGAUGAUUUAAAGACGUUUCUCAAAAUGGCUCAGUCAGCAGUUGAUGCAUUCAAGGAAACACAGACUCUUGCAAAGAAGGAGUCAGCUCAGCGAUUACAAAUCAAGACAGACAACUGUCCUUUCAAUACAUCAGGGUGCCUGGGAGAAAUUCAGGUUGGAGUACUGGUCAUUGACAUGCUGGCAAAGACCCCCGUCUUUUCUUCAGACAACGUCCGCCAUGACUUAAUGAGUGACGUUCUCUCUGACAAUGUUAAACUCGAGGAAGUAGAGAGAUGUGAUCAAAGGAGAAACAAACACAGACCCUACUACAUCAUUCUCAGAGAGUUUGAGGAUUUACUGUACAACCUCAAAUGUGAGAUGAAGGCAAACAUUGACUUCCUUGACAAUUUUUUUGUCAACUUGGGCUCCAGAUUUGGAAUGAAAGACAGUCGUGAGCAAGUAGCUCAAAAUGAGCUUUUCAGGUGUUUUGGCGUGUAUGCAAAGCUUUUCUGCAAGACAGAUUCUGCAUCUCUUUUGAAGAAUAAAACCAUGCAAAAAAAGCUGAAGCUAAUCCAGGUGAGACAAUACCUGGAGAUGCAAAAAGCUGAUACCUAUUUCGGGAUUCUGAAUUUUCUCUCAAAUGACAUCUCACCUGAAAAAUUGGAUAAGAUUGCAAGACAGUACGCAUCUUGUCUUGUACGUGAAUAUGGUCAUGACAUGACGGUGAAGGAGAGAAUCAACUUCCUGUACCUCAAUGUUGUGUUGAGUCGUAUCAAACUGGAAUCACCACACAUUCUGCCAUACCAGAAACUAAUUAAUUACCUUUGCCAAAUCCUGUGUGAGCCAGUACGUUUAAGUGACAGUUUGCCACUGCACUUCAUUGCAGUUGUGCUGUUGUGGCCACAGCCAAACCAGCCCAGUCAAGAAAGUAAAGGUCUGGUGAGGUACAUCUCACAGAUGAGGACCUCUUAUUACUCAGAGAUGAAUGAGGUGUGCAAUGGCAAGAGGCCCGUUGUCCAUUUCUUCCUAGGGAAGAAGCAGGGCUACGAUCGACUGGUGCACCUCAGGGCAAUCAAAAGGUGCAUGGUGGUGACUGACCAGGAGCAGUUUUCCUCCAUGUGGGAAAAUGGCAAAAUAUGGAAAGAGAAGAAGGUGGAGGAGCUCCUCUGUAGGGUCACUGGUGAGGUGAAGCACAACUUGAUACUGGCAGAUACUUGUAUCCCAGAUCUGAAGGUCGAAGUCACUCCAGUGUUUCGAAGCGAGCUUAGUGGCCGUGCCUACGGGUCGAAAGUGUCGUUCUUCAUGGGUUUCUCAAUGAAAGGCCCUGUUGCUCUUGACAUUCGCUAAGCUCUGAAAGCAGCCUGCUCCAGAUCGUUGUAUUUUCAGCCAAUCGUUGUGGAUCCAUCUGUUUUAUACACCCUUGUAUACUUUGAAAAGGAAUUGAGUUGCUUGUAAUGAAUUAUGAUGCUACUGUAUUUUACAUUUUUGCCUGUAUCCAUGGCUCUGGACAUUACAGCAUUGAUACUAUUUCUUUGGAAAGGAAAAUAUUUGUCAAUUAUAACCUCUUAAAGUGUUUUAUUAAAAUGUGUCCUAUAGUUCACAAUAUGUUGUAUGUAUAAGUCAUUAUAAUGAAACUGAAAUGUGUUUUUUUCCAUAAUGAAAUAAUCUGACAUUUGAAUUGUUCUGCAUUAACUAAAAUUUAAUAACAUUCCACGAAAUGAAAUAAUCUGCAUCAUACAUUUUCCAAUACAUUUACGUACUUUAACAACUGUGUAAGAAUUUGCAAUAUUUUACAUUUAGUAUCUUUGAUCCUGCAUUUUCCAUUAUUGAUGCAGCAAAUGUAUUUCUAAAGAAGUUUGAAUGAUGUUUUACUGACUUUACUGACUCUCGUAUUUAACAGUCACUUAUUUUUUUUAUAUUGAAUAUUGAAUUGUUGAUUUUUGUUUUUACUUUUUUUUUUAAACUAUUUUAACUACUGAUCCAGAUUCUGUGUUACUGCUAAAUGUUUUGUACUUUUGCUAUUACAUUACUUAAAUGAUUUUGUUCAGGUUUUUUUGCAUUCCAUGAAAAACAAGCAUCGCCACUGAGUUUUGUAAUACCUUUCCAAUAAAGAUGUAAUGUUUCCAUG